AUCCAUUAUAUUUUCUAGAUAAGAUUUACCAAUAUACCUCAUAGACAGGUAUAGUUAUAUUUACAGCACUAGCCUCACAGCGCCAGUGUUUAAACAGUAUUCAGAAGCAAGCUAAGAGUCAUAGGAGAUUGCCAUGGUGCCAAGUUUCUACAUGAGAGUAACGUCACCUGAGGAUGAAGAGUUUCACAUCUCAAUAUAGUAAGACUGCCAGGGCACAACAGCAAAGAUGAAAAUUGAUUGAAAAAAAGAUCAAAAUUCAACCUGAAGGCGGCUUGACAUUUAGACAAUGUGCGUCAUCUUGGCAAAUCAAAUCAGCGAAUCAUAAUACUUUUGGAGAUGCAUGUGAUAUGGUCAUAUCUACGAAUGAUGCUCUUCAACAAAGGCUAACAUGGGAAACUUUUAUUCAGAUGAUGAUUCCAUUAAUUCAACACAACAGUGUGAACACCUAUAGAAAACUUACAUUUAAAGUAUAUCUCCUGCUCUUGUUUGGAAGCCUACUAUACAUGGACUACUGCAUGAGAUAUCAUCAAGGAAAGUACCCUACACCACAGGGACAUCAAAUCAGAACUGUAUUGAUGGUAGAAUAGAGGACAAUUAACUGAUUUGAAAAGGCCCUUUCAGAUCUGGAUUAAACAAAUUGAUAUCUUCUCAAAGCUUCUUGCUAUUUUAAAACAAAAACACACUUUUUAUUCCAUUGACUACGGAGACUGUUUAUUUUUACUAUGGAUACGCCAAUUUCAAACGAGUGAUUGAAUUUAUGUGUUAAUUCUUUAAGACUGCUUUUGUGCUAUUCCUUUGUCACGAAAUUAAAGCUAAUGCGAUCACAACUGACGAGUGAAUCAGUCAACUAAUCAGCCAUUUCUGUCUAAUCAUGCGAUCUAAAUAGGCGCACAAUUCGAUAAAACACCUAAAUUGGUUACUGAUUGGCUAAUGCUGUUACAUCUGACUUCUCAUUGAGGUUUGGAAAGUGCAUUACAGCAGCACGGUGCAGUGCGGCGUAUUUGAAUUCCAGAUCAUUUCUUCAAUUCAAAGAAAAGCUCCAACAGGGAAUUUGCUGCAACAUUGUCUCUUUAUACAGAUAGACUGACUGCAAUCUGAUGAAUCAUUUGUCAAAAUCUGUCAAAACUAUAUUCACGGUGGAGAUCAGGAACUUCUCGAGUGGAGUGAGCUAUCAAAAUGAUGGAUGGAUUUCUAGGGGAUAAUUGAGACGUCACAAGAAAGUGGACUGAUAAUACGCUCCACUGGUUGCAAAUUAACAGCAAAAGGCCGCCUUUAAAUGUUCAUUAGCAAUCGAGUUGUUUUAACUGGAAGGGCAAGCCAGGAUUAUUGGCACACAAAUAGACAUAAACCCAAUGAAACAUUAGAUGAUAUUGAUAGAAUUCAUCAGAUGGGACUCUGACCAAAUAUCAUCAGACAAAAUUAGUUAAUCAUGAAAAGUAUUCAAAGAAAGUAAAAUAUUAGAGAAUACAAAUGUGAUUAUUCAACAGAAAGUGGACGUUCCAAAUUAAAGCCACUAUUUAAUUAGCUGACACCCUGAUUAGAUUCAGUGAGAAUUUACUCAGAUUAACUGAGAAGUGGAGACGUGAGAGUAGAUGUUAUAUUUAUCACCGUGACAGGUCCCAUUACAUUGACAAGUUAUGAAAUGAAGGUUAUUUAUGGGAAUCAGCCAAUCUAGAUAGAUAGAAAGAUUUUAUGAUUUCAUAAGUCAGACAUACUUGGAAUACAAAUUACAAGCAGUGAGGAUUCUACUGAUGAAAGGUGAUACACGACAUCAAACAUUAAUAUCGUAAACUGAAUAAAUGUGAACAAGGUUUGGCAUUGAAGUGGACAUUUGUAUCUGUAAUAUUUAUGAGCACCACUAUUGAUCCAAAAUCUUUGUGGCAAUGAUGGAAACGCACACAGCUCAGCACCGCCAUCACCAUGGUGAUUCUGCCUACAAACGUCAGCGUCACCAUCCUCCAUAUGGGAUGCGAUCAACGUCAAAUAUACCACGACUUUCAAAGAAUCAGAGUACAUUUACAUAUCAUCGAUACUACUGGGAAGAUGUUAACAUGAGAAACGUAACAACCAAUUACACUUACACCAUGCAGAAUGCUUUCCUUAAGAAAUCUAGGACAAGAAUGAUGCACGAAUUCAAUACUAAUGCAAGUGACAGUCAUUUCACAGUGAUCGUUGUCAUUGCAAGUAUCUUCCUGUUCUUUACUCUGACAAUUUCUGGGGCAGUGGUUGUAUUCUGUAAAAAACGCAAUACUGUAUUUUCCCUACAAAAAAGUGAGCAAGAUGAUUAUGAAAUGAACAGUGUUACUCCCUCUGAAGCAACAGCGACAGCAACAGAAAUGGACAGUGAAAUAGGUAGUAGAAGAGGGAGUAUGCUCAGCAGAAAAAACAGCAUAUUUGACAAUUUUAGUAAUUUUAGUAAUUUUAGUCGCUCUUCCAGCAAAUACAGCAUUAUUGACAAUGGCAUGACACGUUCAUGUAGCAAAUAUAGUGCUGUCGACAUCGAUGAUCAUGAUUCAUCCAUAUUUGGGCGUUGGCUUGAUGAAAAGGACUACCAAUAUGAGAAAAUGGUGAUGACAUCAAAAUGCCAUGUUCUUCACAAUCCUGGUGCUACCUCAGAGAGCGACACUGAGGGAUCCGUCAACUUGAACCAAUCACCCAAUGACAAUGCAGGGAAGAUGAACAGGGACUAUUAUGGUAUAUCAGGCUUGCCGUCAGACAUAGAGAGUGACUAUGACAGCAUUGGGAGCCCCUCACACAAGCCCCUUGUGAAUUUCAAUUCUAAACGCAAUCGUAAUGACAGCCUCAUCAUUGCUGAAGUACACAGCAAACCAAAGUCACUUCUUAGAAAAAUGGUAGCUGAAAUUGAAAAUCACUUUGGGUCUAAAGAUACUAAAGAAAGGUUGGAAAAUAUGGAAACAAGUUCAUGUGAUAGUUUUGAAUUGAAAAGUUGCAAGAACAGUAAGAAUGCAGACCAAUGCCAAGUGAUUGUAAAUCCACUUGUUGAACAUGAGGAUGACACUAGAGACCUCUAUUGCAAAAAUCAUGCACUAAAAUCACAAGAAAAAAGUUUCAAGGAGGGAUCUUCUCCCGAAAGAGUAUUUUCUGAAUCUGACAUGACUAUUACUCACUCAAAUGCUAACUAUAAAAUUAUAGAAACAAUUCAAGGUCCAGUUCAACAUGAAUGCUUAUCCAGUCCUGACAGAUACUCCAUUGACAGUCAGCAGCCAUUAAUAAACAAUGAGAAACAUCUGACAUCAGAGAGCCCAAUGCUGACAUCCAGAACCCUACCACAGAAUACACAUACAACAAAAUUGUACCUCCACAACCACCAGCACCCUCUAUGUUUAGAUACAGAAAGUGGGUCAUCUGGGAACCAAAUGCAGCACCCUCUAUAUUCAGAAACAGAAAGUGUGUCACCUGGAGCAUGUAAUAAGGGGUAUACUAGUAGUAGCAAUGGUAGUACUCCAGUGGUAAAUGGACCUACAUCUA